AUGGUCCAUCAGUGCUUCCACUUUGACAUCCCUUUCCGUUUCGCUCAUACCUUCAGAGUAGACAACAAUUGCAUUGAUUUGCCAUUAAUUAUCACAUCAUCACCACUACUGAAGACCAUGCAGAACGACCAGGGUGAAACUGUCGACCUAUACAUCCCCAGGAAAUGUUCGGCGUCCAAUCGGAUAAUCCACGCCAAAGAUCACGCGUCCAUUCAAAUCAAUUUGGCAGAAGUGGAUGAGGCGACGGGUCGGGUCACCUCCAACCACACCGCGUACGCCAUCUGCGGUGCCCUCCGAAGAAUGGGCGAAUCCGAUGAUUGUAUCAAUCGAUUGGCCAAAAAGGACAACAUUUUGCCGAAUAUACAAACUGUGCAUUCAAUAGAGUAUUGUAUGCGAGAGUUGUCUGCCAUCAGAUGUCACCACAAACUGAAUGCAAACAAGGAUUGA